AUGGCUCGGAAUCCGACCGCCUCCACGUCCACGCCCACGCCCACGUCCACGUCCACGUCCACGUCCACGUCCACGUCCACCUCGAGCUCGAGCUCGCCACACAAGUACAGCGUCAUCCUUCCCACCUACCAAGAACGACGCAACCUCCCCGUCAUCGUAUAUCUCCUCGCCAAAACGUUCAAGCAGCAGUCAGUAUACACAGACCUGGGCCCUGUGCUGAUCCCGGACUCGGACUGAAGCGCGCUCUCUCUGCCCCUGCACUUUGAAAGUGACUUGGCAUGGGAGAUCAUCAUUGUCGACGACGCGUCCCCGGAUGGAACACUCGAGCUCGCACAACAGCUGCAGGAACUUUACGGAGAGCAACACAUCGUCAGUCACACUUCCUCUUCGUUGGGCUAUCGAGCCGCACCCCCACACGCGCAACCUGACACGUGAUCCCCACCCCUUGUGCAAUGCAGAUCCUCCGGCCAAGAACAGGCAAACUUGGACUAGGGUCAGUCUCAUCUUCAACUUGGGACACAACGCUUCUGACCCGCAGGAACCCUCCAAGAUGCUCACACCCCACCUUGCAUCCAUCUCAUAGCUCGGCCUACGUCCACGGUCUCAAGUCCUGCUCCGGCGAUUUCGUCGUCAUCAUGGACGCAGACUUUUCACACCACGCAAGUCCAAAAUUGCUGCUUCAAACGCAUCGUCCCACUCAACCCUCUUGUUUUCGUCUCGCUCGAACCCCCACCAGCCUAAAUUUCUACCUCAAUUCAUCGCCAAGCAGAAAAUUCGAGACGCCGACGUUGUCACGGGCACACGCUACAUUUCCGGGGGAGGUGUAUACGGAUGGGACCUGAAACGCAAAGUCAUCUCCAGAGGUGCGAACCUAUUGGCCAAAAUCGUCUUGUGGCCUGGCGUAUCCGACGUGACGGGGUCCUUCCGGUAAGGUUUCACGAAUAAUCUCCUCCCUUCCCCGGCAAGCUCGUGACCAUUGAGACCCUCUCAACGAUUCCCCUUCUCAGACUCUACAAACGCCCCGUUCUCGAACGCUUGAUCAACGAGACCGUUUCAAGAGGCUACGUCUUCCAAAUGGAGAUCAUCGUACGAGCCAAAGCCACGGGGUGCAUUGUCGAUGAAGUGCCCAUCACGUUUGUCGAUCGCGUCUUCGGGGAGAGCAAGUUGGGGGGUAGUGAGAUCGUGCAGUACGCUCAGGGAAUCUGGAUGUUGUUUCGGACGGUGUAA